CUCUGGUCCUCAACGAGUCAAUCCCUUUACUCGUGGCGACCUGCGUUCAACCCAAAAUGUCAGUAAGCAAGCUCAGCUUAACCAGAAGCAUAGCCAUGCUCUCCACAAUUUCUUCUUCCCUCCUUAUCCUCAAUAAGCCCUUAACCCGCGCCCUCAGAUUCCCCAUCCCCAACCUACCCCUCGCCACAAACCCUAGGGGCCUCUCUUCUCUAUCCACCGCCGCUAUAGGCAACAAUGCCGGCGGCGGUCGUGCCGGUGCAUUGUCUCCGGCGCCGGUCACGGAGGACCUGCAGAAGAUCGACGUCAACCCUCCCAAGGGCACCAGGGACUUCCCGCCCGAGGACAUGCGCCUCCGCAGCUGGCUCUUCUUCAAUUUCAGAGAGGUUUCGCGGUUGUUUGGCUUCGAGGAGGUGGAUUUUCCGGUGCUCGAGUCGGAGGCUCUGUUUGUUAGGAAAGCAGGGGAGGAGAUUCGAGACCAGCUGUAUUGCUUCGAAGACAGGGGAAAUCGUCGUGUUGCGUUGAGGCCUGAGCUUACUCCCUCGUUGGCGAGGCUGGUGAUACAGAAAGGAAAAUCUCUAUCCCUUCCAUUAAAAUGGUUUGCAGUGGGGCAGUGUUGGCGCUACGAGAGAAUGACAAGGGGACGGCGUAGGGAGCAUUACCAGUGGAAUAUGGAUAUUAUAGGUGUACCUGAGGUUAUGGCUGAAGCGGAACUUAUUUCUGCAAUUGUCACUUUCUUCAAGCGAUUAGGAAUUACAGCUUCGGAUGUUGGAUUUAAGGUUUCUAGUCGAAAGGUUUUACAAGAAGUAUUGAGACGUUACUCCAUACCGGAAGCUUUGUUUGGCAAGGUUUGCAUCAUCAUAGACAAGAUAGAGAAGCUUCCAUUGGCGGAAAUCAAAAAAGAGUUAGAAUCUGUUGGUGUAUUGGAAGAAGCAAUUGAGCAAUUAUUGCAAGUUCUUUCCAUAAAGUCAUUGACAGAGUUGGAAGAGAUACUUGGAGAUUCUGGGGAAGCAGUUGCUGAUCUGAAGCAGCUGUUCUCUCUUGUGGACAAAUUUGGUUAUUCUGAAUGGAUUCAGUUCGAUGCUUCUAUUGUUCGUGGCCUUGCCUACUAUACUGGUAUAGUCUUCGAGAUGAAGCAACCACGCAACACAUGGUUCCAUCUAGAAGCCUGUCAAACAAACUACUCUGAUCUGGGUUUUGAUAGAGGAGGAAAGUUGCGAGCCAUUUGUGGUGGUGGACGAUAUGACCGCUUGCUCUCUACUUUUGGCGGCGAUGAUAUUCCUGCUUGUGGCUUUGGAUUUGGUGAUGCUGUCAUAAUAGAAUUGCUCAAGGAGAAGGGUCUUCUGCCAGAACUCGGCCUGCAAGUGGAGAACAUCGUAUGUGCUCUGGAUCCUGGACUUCAAGGAGCAGCUGCAACAGUUGCCACCAUACUUAGGGAGAAAGGUCAAAGUGUUGAUUUAGUCUUGGAGAGCAAACCACUCAAAUGGGUAUUCAAGCGUGCUUCACGAAUAAAUGCUAGCAGGCUGAUCUUGGUGGGAGAUUCAGAGUGGCAAAAGGGUAUGGUCGGUGUAAAAAUUCUGUCUACUGGUGAACAACAAGAGAUCAAACUUGAUGAACUAGAUUGAUAAGACAUUAAUUAUUUGGUGGUUGUACUGUUUAUGGUUAUUCUUUUUAGGUAGGCGUAGUUCAUUAUUCUCCCCCAACCUAUGUACAUACGUAGUUUCCGGUCAAAAUAUUAAUGAAAUUACUGAUUUUGGUGUUGUUGGUCUUAUCAACGUUUGUGACCAUUUCUUUGCUUCUAUUUAUUGAAAUGCUUGUUCUGUAGC